UUUAAUGCCACAGCUUAAAAAUUGUAAAACUAUUAUAUUUAAUAUAUUUAUUUAUAUUUUUAUAUUUUUCUUUUCAUUUCUUUGUAAAAUAGGUUUAAAAUAUAUCUGUUUUUUUUGCUCAAUUAAACCCUUCAGUUAAUAGUAGAUGGUACAAUGUUCUUUAAGCUUUCUAUUUUGUUUCUAACUUUUAUCAUAAUUGAUAAUUCCGUACUGGGACUGACUGAAGAUGAAGCCUUAAAAGAAGCAUACUACACAGCUCUAGAACAUUUUGAAGUUCCUCUAGGACAAGGUCUUACUGCGUCAAAUAUGAGAGAUUUUUUGGGUUCCACUAUUGUACCGAGUGUAAUGGAGUUACCGAAGUCAGUUCGAGUAGAAAACCUAGAUAAUAUAGAUUUAAAUCUUUUUAAGAACAUUAUGCAAGUGUUUUGCCAAAAAAAUCAGCUUAAUCCAACAGAUUUUCUACAGACACAAAACGGAAUUGGCAACAAUAAAAAACAACGUUUGUCAUAAAUAUUAUCGGUUUGUUAUAAUUAAAAAACUGAACCAAGUUGUAAUAAAAGACAACUCAUAUUAAACCACUAAAAUGAGUCAUUGUAAAAUUUACACUUAAAAUACCAUCAAUAUUUCAUAGUCUUAUAUAUUUUCUAUUUGUAUUUUUAAUGCUGAUGACUCGUCAGCUCAAAGUUGUUGUAUCAAAAAUUGUCUAAUAAUAUCUAAGAACAUAGGUAAAAACAGUACUAUAAUGCACAAAUCUAAAGAAACAAGAAACUUUUGCAGAAUAUAUAAAUUUCAAAAUAAUACUCACUAGAUAAAACCAAAAACUGUUUUUUAAAUUAAAAAAUAUAUUUAUCGUUUUUUAA